AUGCCACCUCAACGCCCUCCAUUAGCUAGGAUAUCUGGCAAUCGGCUGAAGAACCAAGAGCUUAGUCCAUAUCAACGUGGUAAAGCUAUUGGCAUGCUCAAUGGGGGCCUGAAAUUCUGCCAGAUUCAAAAGCGCAUGAAAUGCUCCCGCGGCGCCCUCAGGAGCACCUUUGAUAUAGAGGCAUUGCGCCAUGAAGGAGAGUCACUCCCUAGAUCCGGCCCGCCAUUAUGUUAUACAGAAGCUGACGAACGAAGGCUGAUACGCCACGUCCGGUUACACCCUAAGGAUAGCUAUUCACAGCUCAUUCUAGCCCUAGGCCUAGCAUUCAGAGCUAGGAGGAGACCGGAGCUCACAGAGGUGAAUGCGGCUGAGAGGCUUGUAUGGUGCUUGAAGAAUAGGCAUAGGAAUGCAGAGGAAUGGGGUACGUACAUGUGGAGUGAUGAGUGUUUUGUGGAGCGGGGGCGGGGUAAACAGACCGAAUGGGUGUUUUGUAUAACCAACUAGAGGUGGGACAAGGAGAUGAUUCAGAUAUAUGACUGCUAUAAGAACAUGAAAGUUAUGGUCUGGGGCUGCUUUUGGGACUAUGGGCGCACUGGUCUGUGUAUUGCAUAUGCCGCAUCUAUCCAUUCACCUAGCUAGCCCACU